CAACGGGCAUCUCCGCUUUUCCGCGCCUCCCGGAGCCGGCACGUGCUCUCGGGCCGAGGGCUCCUGAAAAAAAACAAAAGAAAACACUGGCGGCGCUCGCGCCGAGGCCCCCCCCCCGCCGGAGGGAGCAGCUCGCCCGGGGCGACACCGCCCGCCUGCCCGCCCGAGGGGGGCCCUCCUCCACGGCGCGCGCGCCGAGGGCAGCGAGGGGCGACGAUGGCCCAGACCUUCCUCCAGGGCUAGAGAGUACAGUCGAGGCGUUGACCUAAGGGCCCCGACUGUAGCGCCAGGACCCCGACGUCUCCAAUGCCACGUCGAGGCCCUGAGCAGCCCAGGUGGCUCUGGGAGUCUGGAGGGCCAUGUGCCAGCGCUCCGGCUCCGCGGGGGGGAACUACGUCGACCCGGCGCCGAGGGGGCACGCUGGAGCCGGGGAGCCCGUAGGACUCCAGGGGCCCCAGGACACACGAAGAACUACACACAGAUAAA